UCUCCAGCCCCGCCCUUUCCUCAGCCAUAAGGAAAGGCUCGGGGACAGGAUUGGAAGGGCCGGCGGAAAGGGCUGUCGUCGUGGCAACGGGAGUCGGGAGGGAGGGAGAGAGGGGAGGGACGAAUUCCACGUUCGGGCGACGCCAGGGGGGGAUGGGUGGGGAGAAGACCAGAAUCGUAACGGAUUCAAUGGGGUAUCGAAUGCGGUGGACGAACGCACGGUCGCCUCAGCUCAGAACCAUUGGCAGCUUCAGGAUCAACGAUGAUGGACACUUUAGAAGAAGAAAACUUCGCUCUAGCCAUUUCUUCUCCUUCUGAUGCCGAAUUUGAUGCUGUAGUUGGAUGUAUAGAGGACAUUAUCAUGGAUGGCGAGUUCCAGUUAUUACAGAGAAACUUCAUGGAAAAGUACUACCAAGAGUUUGAAGACACAGAAGAAAAUAAACUCAUCUACACUCCUAUUUUUAAUGAAUAUAUCUCUUUGGUAGAAAAAUAUAUUGAAGAACAGCUGCUUGAGAGAAUUCCUGGGUUUAACAUGGCCACUUUCACCACAACAUUACAACAGCAUAAAGAUGAAGUAGCAGGUGAUAUAUUUGACAUGCUGCUCACAUUUACGGAUUUCCUGGCCUUCAAAGAAAUGUUUUUGGACUACAGAGCUGAAAAGGAAGGCCGAAGUCUGGACUUAAGCAGUGGUUUAGUGGUGACAUCAUUAUGCAAGUCAUCUUCCAUACCUGCAACCCAGAACAAUUUACGACAUUAGUUCAUGUUCUCUGGAUGAGAGUUUUUCACCUUGAACAUUCCAAACUUGAAAGAUGGUGAGUGACCACAGCGUGAUGAACAACAUACUCAGUGAUUGGGGAAUACAGCUGGAAAAGACUGACCUUGUUCUGGUGCUUUUAAUUAAUGUUAAGUGUAGACUGAUCAUAAAGAACCUCGCUGGAAUAUUGGAUUCUCACGAAAUAUCCCCAUUAGCCCUGGUACACCAGCCAAAAUGGCCUCAGCUCCCAGGUGCUUGUGGCAGUUAGGGAAAGAGUUGAGAGAGAAUGAGAGAGAGAGAGAGAAUGAGAGAGAGAGAGAGA